AUGACCCUAGCUGAUGUCGAGGCUUUGGUCCCUACACUCAUCGGUAGACAUCAGAUUAUGGACCAGUUGGUCGUGAACAUUGGCUACUUCAACGCUAGAGGCUUGAUACCGUCUUCUGACCUCGAGCACAUGCUUAUCCACAUCCUCGCUCUAGGUGACGAACAGCAUUACCUAUACGAAACAACACAAGCCCGGAUUGAACUAGAACGCCUCCGCUAUCAACACUACGAGCGCAUACAGCGCCAAAACCGGAUAAAAAACAUAAAAGGUUUCAAGAAGACGGGAAGAAUUAGGAGCGAUGUUCAGCAUUGGUCCGGCUCCCGCAAAAUGAUACGCGACAGGUGA